AUGUACUCCGAGUCUGCCUAUGACCUUAGCAACGAUAAAAUGAUUAUUUUGAUGACUAUCUUGAUCACAAAGUACCAUUUCCUAGACGUAGCCAAUAAUUUAGUAAUCUCGAAGCGUCUGAGUCAGUUCCUAUCUCCUUAUGAACUGUGCCACGACCCUCGCCUUUGGCAAAUUUUACGCAUUCUACUACACAAAUUGAGUAUAUCGUUGUCGGUCGUCACAGCUAUUGCCCCUGAAUCAAUCCGAUCCGAUCGGCUUUUCCUACCUACCAUCGGCCUUCUUCUGGCCCUCCAGUGGAGUGGCACUGAAUACUCUUGGAAUAACCCUUGGAUCAUCGUUCUUUUCGUACUCAUUGGUGUUCUCCUGCGCACCUUUGUGGCUGUUCAGAUCUGCCAGAAUGAGAAGGCCACACCUCCUCCGCGUAUCGUCCGAAAUCGACACAUCUUGUCGUGA